AUGUCUCUCAAAAAGAUUUUACUUCUGGUUUUUUUAAGCUAGGGGUAUGGAAUAAAAUAGCUAUUGUUUUUUGAGUAAAUUUUCAGUUUUCCUAUUAGUUAAGAAGAAACAAUCCAUAAUGGGAUAUAUAAGCCUUAAAUGUAAACUCGUAGAUUUCUUGAGAGCUAAAAAAAACACUUUAGAUUUUAUAAUUAUACUGGUAAUCGCUUUUUACAAUCUAACUCCAGUAACUUCAAUUAUAGCGGUCUAGAUCCUGUUACAGGUUACAAAAUAAACUGUAUAAACGGCUCUUACAAUACAACUACUUAAAGAUGUUUAUGCAACAGUGGAUAUAAAAGUAGUGGAUAGAUAAACAACGGUAUUCUUUAGAUGUGUGACCAAUAAAUGACUAGCUCUGACACUCCUGUUGACUAUUCAAAUUAAACCUAAGUCUAAUAGCUUACAUAAUAGUUUAUUAACUCCAAUACAUCAACAUUUCUUGGUUUACCUUUAUUUUCAUGGAUCCUCAUAGGAGUUUUCCUAUUUAUUACUAUCUUUAUAAUAGCUGUAUGUGUUAUAAGAAAAAGGAGAUAAAAGCAAAAAGAAAAGCAACAUAAAAAGGAUAGCCACAAUUCUUGUCAUAGUCAUAGACACCAUAAAAGCUUAAAAAAAUAUCAUAGCCAUCACAGAAGAAGCCAUUCUAAUUGA